AUGCGGCUCGCGUGGCCGCUCGUCGUCGCGUGGUGCGCGGGCCAGCCCUACCGUCCCGACCAGUACCGGUCGCACCAGGCUCGCCUCGCGAGCCUGCCGCGGCUCACGUGCGAGAAGGACGCCGUCGUCGACAAGGCGCGGACCGUCGCCGACGAGCCGGUGCUGCUCUUCAUCCACGUCUUCAAGGCCGCCGGGUCGUCGGUGCGCGAGCUCUUCCGGCGCUACGCGGAGCGCUGCGGCCGGCGCUGGGCGUGCCUCGUGCAGUGCGCGAACGGCGGGCAGGCCACGGACCGGGGCGUCUUGCCGUGCCGGCUCCGCGACACGGUGAACCUCAACCGCGCGUCCGUCGUCCAGCCCAACGGCGCGCAGACCGGCGCGCGGGCCAUGCGGCGGAACCCGGACGCCGCGGGCCUCGGCGUCGGCGCGCACAUCAUCGGCGGCCACUACCACUACGGCAUGCACGCGAUCCUCCCGCCCGAGCGGCCCUACCUCUACUUCACGGUCGUCCGCGAGCCGCUCGCGACGUGGAUCUCGGGCCUGCGCUACAACAACAAGCACCUCGACUCCGUCGCGAAGCUCACGACGGCGAUGACGUCGGAGAUGGAGAAGCGGGGCCACUACGCGAACGCGAUCACGUACCUCAUCGAGGCGAGCCGCACGAAGCGCGCGUCGGCGGCGAACAAGCUCCACUUCGCGCUGCAGCACCUCGAGAACGUCGCCGUCGUCGGCGCGGUGGAGUCGUGGCAGACGACGCUGGACCUGCUGACGCACGUCCUCGACGGCGACGAGGCGUCGCCGGCCAUGUGGAACCGCUACCGGAACCGGAAGCGCGCGAACAAGGCCAAGACCGACGUCUCGCCCCGCGACGUCGUCGCGAGCCUCAAGCGCAGCGGCGACUGGCCCAGAUGCGCCGCGUACCUCGAGACGGAGAACGCGUUCUACGUCGCCGCGCUCCGGAAGCACGCGACGGCCUGCCGCGUCGUCCUCGGCGACAGGUGCCGCCUCCGCUGGCACGGCGGCCUCGUCGGCCUGCUCAACGCGUCCCUCCUCGAGCUCCCGCUCCUCGACGCGGCCGCGCUCGACGGCGCGCAGCGCCUCAACGCGCCGACGUAA